AGCACAUUAAAAAUACGAAGAUGAAAAUUGGAAUUUAAUUUCGCGAAAGCUUGGAACUUAUUAAGAAGAGAAAAAGAAAUAUCCAUUUAUUUGGAUAGUUCUUUGAAAGCAUGGAAUCCAAGAUGAAACUUACUUGCAUAAUUUUCAUCGCCUUACAGUUGAUAAUACAUACACCAGUCACAACAUGUUUGGCACAAGAGACAGGAUCAGCUGUUAACGAUGAUCAGGCACUCACCAGUGCAAUUGAUGUUUCUAGUGGAUCAUCAUCAACAGAUGCUUUUUCAACAGAUGAAACCAUACAUCCCACGACAGGAUAUUCGUCAGACACCAUGUUAACAGGUGUGGCAACUGCCACUCUAUCAACAGCUGAAAUCACACAUCUCACAACAGAAAGUUCAACAGACACCAUGACAACAGAUGAAACGACAAAUUCCACAACAGACUCCAUAUCAACAGAUAUGACAACUGACACUCUAUCAACAGAUGAAACCACAUAUCUCACAACAGGGUAUUCCACAGACAUCAUAUCAACAGAUUUGACGACAGAGGCUCUAUCAACAGAUGAAACAACAAAACUCACGACAGAAUAUUCAACAGACACCAUCUCAACAGAUAUGGCAACUGCCACUCUAUCGACAGAGGAAACGACAAAUCCCACAACAGAAUAUUUAACAGACACCGUGUCAACAGAUUUGACGACAAAUCCCACAACUGAAUAUUCAACAGACGCCAUAUCAACAGAUUUGACGACUGAUGCUCUAUCAACAGAUGAAACAACAAAUCCCACAACAGAAUAUUCAACAGACACCAUAUCAACAGAUUUGACGACAGAGGCUACAUCAACAGAUGAAACGACAAAUGCAACAACAGAAUAUUCAACAGAUACCCUGUCAACAGAUGUGACGACAGAUGCUCUAUCAACAGAUCAAACGACAAAUCGUGUGACAACACACGUUCUAUCAACAGAUAAGACUAUUCAUACCACGACACCAAUUUUUUCAACUACACUUGCCCACAGUACAGGUUUUACAACGUAUAUUGCAGGAACCAACGCAACUUUAUCAACAUCAUCUGCUACUCCAACUAAAACCACAUUUCACCAAACUUCUACUUCGUCGACUUUAAAUCCUACAACAAAAUACACAACGCAGAUUACUACACAAAAAACGACACCACCACCACCAACAACAACAACAGCAAAAUAUUGCCCCCCAUCAGAGUUGUUGGACCAUAGUAACACACGAUACUUGUAUAAUUCCUGGUCACCAUACAUUUGCCCAAGAAUUGAUAUCAACAUAGGACAAAGAGCACUGAACUGCUUUCGUAUCUACGCUGGUGGAUAUUUAUCAGAGAAUACUAUGUUCAGCUACGAACCGUAUAGUUUAUCUUACACUAGAAACUAUAUCAUUGCUCCAUACUGGGCAGACCUUUGGUAUGAAUAUCAGAACGUUAAAUACAGCAUUUAUGAGAAAUACACAACAAGUGGAAUAAAUUACAACAUGGUGAAUAAACUGAGAAAUAUUGAUGCAAAAAUUAAUAUGUAUGCAAAUAUUAGAAAUUUCCAAUCUGUUUGGGCACUUUUGGUGACAUGGGAAAAUAUACGUCAUUCUUCCCUAAUAGGAACAUCAAGGGAAACAAAUCCAGGUAUUACAUUCCAAAUGCUACUGGUCACAGACGGCUAUUCAACCUAUUUGCUUUAUUUCUACAAACCUUGUGGAAUGGAUAUGAACACUGAUGUGAAGGCCUUAAUGGGCUUUAACUUGGGCGGCAACAAGCGUUUCACGCAUAAAGACUCACUGAAGAGGAAUAGUUUGGUAAAUAUAGAUAUAAAGGAAGGAAAUACAGGUUUCAGUGGCGUAUGGCUAUUUGAUUUGCGUGGUCGAUAUCAAAGAACUUCCAAAUUAAGUUGUCUCAAAUGGUAUGGCGAAGAUAAUGGUGUUUGGGGUUUUAAUACCUGUCCAUGUUCAUUCUGGCAAGCUCGGACAGAUUUCCGAUUCUUCUAUGAAUGGCGGAGCCGUUGCUUCUUUUCUAUAACAUCUCCAGCAAUGAAAUGUUGUUAUUCGCGGCGGUUACGGAGCUGGCUUUCAUAUGGUGUUCACCAGAGACACAACUACUUCUUCGAUUAUCGAAGAUGGCUUCAGUACGAUGAUAAACCAUUUAAUGACUGUUGUAUGCAAAACAAUAUGUGUUACCUUUACAGAUGGAGAAGGCCUAGAAACUACUGUUGGGGUUACAGGAGUCCUUUCAGAGCUUGGUUGUUUGGAGAUCCUCAUAUUCAAACUCUCGAUGGCCUGAAAUAUUCCUUUAAUGGUUUGGGUGAAUAUAGCUUACUGAGAGUACAUAAUAAAACCACAAACAAAAAUAUGCUAGAAAUUCAAGCAAGGACCGCUCAAGCGAAAAAUGCAAAUGGUACUCUGAUUAACGCCACAAUAUUUUCGGCUUUUGCAAUGAAAGACUUCAUUACCAAUACCUCUGCACAGGUUGAACUAGCUUCUGAUGAAAAGACUUUGGUCAUCUACCACAAUGGUAUUGAUAAAACAUCUGACUUCCAAAAAGAUUCUGACUAUAAGCUGACUGACCUCGACUUGUUUAUUACCAGAAAUAAGGACAACGACACUAAUCAGUCGGUGUCUCUAACAUUCACAUCUGGUGUUGAUAUAUCAGUGGCCGUUGGUAUUCGCAUGCUUACGGUAACCGUGAGUUUACCAGAGGACUAUAAAAAUACUACGGUAACCAGCGGUCUGAUGGGAGUGUAUAAUGAUGACAAGACGGAUGAUCUCACAACACCAAGCGGAACUGUAUUGCCUGAAAAUUCUAGUGAAAAUGAUAUUUUUUAUAAUUUUGGUCAACUUUGGGCUAUAAAUACUUCUCUGUUUAAAUAUCCGAAGGGUUUUUCAAAUGCCGACUAUACCGACACUUCUUUCGUCCCCCUUUUUAUUGAUAAAACCUCGGAGAUUUACAAUAAAACUUUACAGAUAUGUAAAGCAGACGAUAACGCUUGUAUUUAUGACUACAUCGCAACUGGUGAUGAAAGUAUUGCUAAAGCAACUGAAUCCCUUGAUACGGAAGCUAAAGACGACUUCGACGCUGCAAGUGGCGAGUAUUUUAAUGUCAGUAAAAACGGAUCCAAUAUUACAUUAUCAAUAUAUUUGAUGCAUUCAAAGGAAGUUAAUAUCAGCAUUGUUGCUAAUGAUGUCAAAAAUGCUUCCUCUGCCGAAUUCAUUAUGAAUAUUACGCUAUGCAGUGGAUGUUCUGAUCACGGAAACUGCGCAGAAGAUAACCCAAAAAUCAGAACAGAAAACUUUAUUCUGCAGUCAUGUGACUGCAAAGAAGAAUAUGAUGGUGAUAACUGUGAAAAAGACCUUGAUGGAUGCAGCGGUGAUCCUUGCCCUGGAAUAGGAAACUGUACAGAGUUAGAUGCAGAAGAACACAGAGCCCAAAAUACAUCUUUCCGGUGUGAUUGUCCACUGGGUUACGUAUUAAACAACGCAACAUUCCGUUGUCUAGAUAUAAAUGAAUGCGAUUCGAAUUUAACCUGCGAACACAAUUGUAUAAAUACCAAAGGCAGUUUCCAAUGUUCGUGCCGGUCUGGUUAUCAACUUGUUGAUAAUACACGAUGUGAAAAUAUCGAUGAAUGCAAACUCAAAACUCAUAAUUGCAAACAAUUAUGUAAUGAUACAGAUGGUAGUUACAACUGUGAUUGCUACCAGGGAUAUUCAUUACAAAACAAUGGCAGCUGUACAAUGAAAGUUGUUCCAGGUACUUCUGUUUGUUUUAACAAAUGCAAUGGAACUGCUGGGUGUCGAGAAGUGAACGGACAACCUGUGUGUUUUUGUAAUAGCGGUUACACUUUAAUAAAUAAUUCCUCUUGUGUUGAUACCGAUGAAUGUCUGAAUAACCCUUGUGAAGGUACAUGUAUUAACCUAAAUGGCGCAUUUGAAUGUAGCUGUCCUCCCGGGAAAAAGGUGUUCGAAUCAACUAAAUGUGUUGAUUGUGAUGAAGAACAUUUUGGUGAGAAAUGCGAAGGAGAUUGUAACAUGUGUAACGAGAAAUCAACUGAAAGAUGUGAUAAAGUAAGUGGAUGUAUCUGCAAUGAAGGUUGGAAAAAUAAAACAUGUGAAACUGAUAUUGACGAAUGUCAAAAUGCAAGUGUCUGCUCUGCAGAUGAAAUUUGUAAAAACCAGAAUGGAACUUACGAAUGCAAAUGCCAAUCAGGGUACAAAAAGGAAGAAAAUAAGUGCAUAGAUAUUGAUGAAUGCCAGGAAACAUCUAAUAUUUCAUGCCCACAAGACUGCGUAAACUAUGCGGGUGGCUAUGAGUGCAAAUGUCGAAGUGGCUAUAAAGAGAAUGGAAAUACCUGUGAAGAUAUAGACGAAUGUGCAAGCAAGGUUGAUGGCUGCAAACAUAUAUGUGUAAACACGGACGGAUCAUUUCAAUGCGAAUGCUUCUCUGGUUACAAGUUGGAUACAGACCGCAAGAAUUGCACCAAUGAGAAAGGUACUGGAAUUUAGUUAAAUAUUUUGAAA